CUUCUCUACACACUUCUCUACACUUCUCUACUCUGUACAAGCCCGUGCACUAUCAAAGGCAUGGUGGGCUGGCGCAGUCUGCUGCAAUCUUCAGGAUCUAGGAAUCUUUUGUCAAAGUCACAGGUCGCAGAAGAUAGGCGCCUCAGCCUCGAGCCAACGCUCACUGUUUUUUAUGGUUGGUCUUGCGCAAUGCUAGCCGCUCAAGUGCUGCAACAGACGGUAGCAAUGCAGAUCAGCUUCACCGCAGGCUUGGUCCCUUCGUGCGAGAGUAGUCUGAGUCACUGAAGCGUAAUGAGCAUGCACAGUCAAAUGGCGCAUCGCCGUCAAGGAAAACCGCACAAGUCCGCCAGCUCCCCCCCAUAAGAAUGGACGGUUCCAACAUGGAAGCCGUGCUGGCGUCAAUCGCUCAAGUGCAUGCGGUCCUGAAGUGCCCAAUAUGCAAAGAAGAUCUCAAACGACCGAUCGCAUCCAUCCCCUGCGGCCAUGACUUCUGCGAAGCGUGCAUCAUUCUGUCACUCGAGGCCCAUGGCACCAAGUGCCCUGUGUGCCAGCAGCCCUGCUGGAGGAGCGGCAUCGUCCGCAACCAGAUGCUGGAGAAUGUUGUCAGCCGGCUGCAAGAUGCCAAGAAACUACCACCGACCGCAACACAGACCAGCAAAGGCCGUAGCUUUAAGCUGGUGGCUCCUUCUAGGCAGGGCCAGAAUCCUCAAGAGAAAGGCUCGAAGAAAAGAGGAGUCUCUGCCACGGAAGACGCGGCUGCCAUCAGCAGAUUGGAAGAGACAGACGGAUCGAGGGGCCCUUCAAGCCGAACCUCCACAAGCACCCCCUCGAGCGAGACGCAUGAAAAGAGCGGGGAUAGUCGAGAACAGAUUGGGGCAGACAGCGGGAGGGGGGACAAGAGGAAAGUGAGGGCAGCCGGUUUAAAGUGGCGGAAAAUGCGGAGCACCGGGCCGGUGGGGAACCUGGAAGCACUGGGACGUGGACUUGGGACUCUCGAGCGGAGAAGUGAGCAGCAACUAGAGUUGGAGAAAAGCGGGGGAGACUUAGCGCGGAUCGGGCCGACACUUGACGUUCCAGGAGAUGGAGAUGCAAUGACAGGUGUGGACGAGCCUGAAGAUCCUCUAAGUACACAGGCUGAGGCGGUGCUCGAGUCGGAGAUUGCGGCUCAAGAAGCGGAGCUGAGGGACAUCGACAUCAAGCUGCUGGUCAUGGGAAUAGAUCCAGCAGUACAUCUGUCACAAGUGACCACAGAGCAGGAGAAGGAAGAAGCGGCGCACUCCACAAAGAACCUUGAGCUGGCCUCGCAAGCAUCCCAGCGACUGGAGUCCCGUCAACCCGAGCAGAAGUCCGGCGGAGCCGUUGAAGAAUCUUUGAUGGCGGAAAGAGGGGAUGGGUCUGACGGAACGAGUCUUGCUCAGCCGAGGACGGCUCACGAUGCUGUCGACGAAACCGAGCAGGAAGCCGUGGGCACGGAAGCGGCAACGAGGCCAGUGUCUGAGAACGUGUUCCAAGCGUGGGAGAUGGGAAAAAGAAGCGAGCAGCAUCUGCGUGAAUCAGUGGGGGUCCCCUGUCAGCGGGGUGGUUCAGAAGCGAAAAUUGUCGGGGGGGAGGAGGGUGCGGGGGCUGGAGGGGAAAGCGAGGACGAGAACGAGAAUUUGAGAGGAGAAGAGGAGAGAGAGGGAUACGCGGAGGUUGGUUUGGGGAGUAAAAAGGGAGGCAGUGCAGAGAAGGGAUCGGGAGGAUUCGAAGCCGGGGGAGGAUUCACGGCAUUGGACGCAGCAAUGGAUCCUUUCGCGUUUGAUCCGCUGGCGGGUGGCAGUCAAGGGAACGGAACGCCUGGAAGGGUAACGUCAGGUGGCCAGGCGGUGGCGGGAAGGAGCGCCUCCAAACGCGGAACGUGGUCGAAGGGAGACAAGGAGUCAAAGACUCCGAAGAAACGACUGAAAGUCGACUCGGACUCGAAGAGAGUCGGGACUGCGACUCGGUUGGGGGGUACCGGGCGAUUGAGAGGGGUCGAGGCGGCCCGAGAAAGUGCCCGGUUGGGAUCUACCGGGCGGAAGGAAGACGCCCCGGUUAGCGAGCCAAGUUUCUUAGACGCACCGGUAAGUGAGCCGCCGCCGGUCGCAUAUACGAGGCGGAAGCGGGGAGGGGUAACCAGUCCGGUUACGGGGAAGUCGGCAGACAGUGGGUUUGGAAGCUGCAAUGAGGCGGGAACUAGGGGUGAGAAAAGGCCGCAAGUUCGGUCGGAGUUUAAGACCGGGGAGAAUACUGGUAAUGCAAGGAAGGGAAACGAAGGAGGCGGAAGUGGCAAGAAGCGAACGAGGGAGGUUGUCGAAGGUUCAGACGAGGAAUGGGAUGAAAGGGAAGGGGUGCAGGGAGCACUUACUGCGCUUGGGCGUGCGCAAGGCGGAAGGGCGGGUGCAGGAGGACGCGAAGAAAACGGAGCAAAAGAGGAGAAUCAGGUGGUGAAAGAAUGCCCUAAAGUGGGUGCAGCGCGGGGUUUGGAGGUGACGGCCGAACGAGCGAGCGCGGCAGGGGAAUCGAGACCGGAGCAAGUUGGGGGCAAAGGAAAAGUUGGGGAAGGGGACGCGAAGCUUGAGGGAGUGAUUGCUGAGACGCCUGCGGACGGGUUCGGGGACUGGGGCCUUGGGCUGGAAGAUUGCGACUUGGAUGAGCAGGGCCUCGUUAAGAGAAUCGACGGUUUGGAACCGGGCACGAACGAGCCGGUGAAAAGUGCGGGGAUGCGCAAUACAGGGCCCCGCUCAUCAGCCGCUCGCAAGACGCCCGGUGGAAGCAAAGUUCAAAAGGGCAUCCCGUACGAUGCUAAAGCGGACCCAUUAGUCGAUGAAAAUAGGCGUGUCGAAGAAGAUAGAGGAGCCUCUGCAGAAGCCCACUUACAAAAGGCCAAGGUCACGGCUCAGGGAGGUUUCAAAAAGAAUACGCGUAAAAUGUUGAAAAGCAAGGCCUUGAAAGGAGGAAAGCAGACCAGGAAACCGCUUAGAGAUUUGAGCCAACGGCCCCUGGGCAGGCCGCAAGAACACGACAAUGACAAGGAACUGCAGGAAGCGUUGGCAAGGAGCUGGGUAACCACGCCGCUAACCGCCACCCAAAUGGGCCUGCUGCUCUCUUCCCUGAGCAUGCUGGGUUUGGGCCUGGUCAACGCCUUUGCCUGCACGGUUAUGCUCCAGGCGGCAGAGGAGUUUGGCACCCCGGAGAGCUACCACGACUUAACCCAAAAAGUGUUGGGCGCGAGGUGGGCCCUGCUUUUGGACGCGUCGGUCGUUUUGGCGGAGUUUUUCGGCUGCUGCCAGCGCCUGAUCCUGAUGGGCGAUUUCGCGGUUAGCGUCAAACACCGGCUGAUAACCCACCGGUCCAUGCCUAACCGACCGCUGAUCGUUCUGCUCCUAGCGGGGGUCCUGAUCUGGCCUCUGAUCUACACCAAAAAGAUAAAAAGUCUGGACAGGCUCUCACUCGGCGCGGUCAUCUGCACCUUAACCGGUUUUGUUAUCCUAACCUACACGUUUAUAGACACUGCCGCCGGGGAGGGGUUACCCGUUAACGACAUAGUUUAUGCUAACUGGAGGCCAGAUAUGCUCCUCGCCCUUCCCCUCCAGCAGUUUGCGUUCGCGGGCCAAACGGGGAUCCUCCCAAUCUACCGCGAAAUGCGGAACCGCAACCUGGCGCGCGGCAAACUAAUGGUCUACAUUUCCUUUACGCUCUGCGGGCUGCUGUACGUCAGCUUCGGGAUAUUGGGUUACCUCCAAUACCCCGGAACGCAGGAAGCCAACUUCUUCAACUUGUACGAAGACAAGUCAGGCGCCCUAUACACCGCCCUAUACUUCAUCGUCCUGAUUGGUGUCGUUGCAGCGUUCCCGUUGAACGUCAUUAUCGGGCGGCUCCAUUUAGGCUACCUGCUCCUAGGCCCAAAGCGUGCGGAGGAGCCCAAGUGGGCUGCGCUCUUUGCUACCGUCUUUUUCCUAGGCUCGGUUGGGGUCGCUGUUGGCAUCAAGAAUCUGGGGGUAGUGCAGGGAAUCGGGGGUGGGUUAGGGGACAGUUUCAUUAACCUAGUGGUCCCAGGGUUCGCUCUUUUGAAGCUGAUUGAUAAAGGGCGGGAGGGCAGGGUUAAGCAAACCCAGAGUUUCGAGAACCCGGCUUUUGAGGGUGGGGGCGGGAGCGGGGAAGACGCGCCAAACAGAUCCAACAUAGAUUCUAGUAAAGUCGAUUCGAGGGGCAGAGACACUGAUAAGCGUAGCCGAGACGCUCCUCGAGUGUCGCCUCAAGAGUUGAGUACGAGCAGUGAGACGGAUUCACAAACCGGUUCUCAGAGUAAAGGGCAGCAAGCUGAGUCUCUUCGGAAAGUCAAAGGUAAAGAUGACCGGGAGCAACAGGCCCCGGCCGGCAGCCAGGAAGCUCCUCCGAGCCACCAGUCUAGUUUGCGCAGGUCGCUUUGCAAGUUUGCAGCCUACGGACUGUUCGCGAUAGCGGCACUGCAGGCCGCGGUAGCGACCGCGGGGAAUCUCGCGUCUCUCUGCCUGGUCGGCUGGGAUGACGCGAGCCUGACGUUCUAUCCUUCGUAG